ACAGCAAUGACACGUUAAAUCUUCAUAAGAAAUAGUUAGGGGAAACGCGUUAGAGGUGGAAGCGAUCUUCGUCGACUAGAAUGUAGUUGAAAAUCGCUGAUUCCCAAAGGCUUGCACGUGGUUGCAAAAUAUGUGAUGUUUGUCUCCAAAUUUUUUAAAGACCAACUCUUAAAGAUAGCUGUAUAGUUCACGUAUAGUUCAAGUACAACUAGUAAUGGACGAGCAGUCGUUACAGGGAUACUUACAAUCGCCUAUUGAAAAUCCAUCGGCACAAUCAAAGACUGUUGCAUAUCUUGAGCAAUUCAAAAACUCAUCUGAUGGAUGGAAGAUUUGUGGCCAGGCUCUUCUGCAAGGAACUGCAAGCUCAGAUCACCAUAAGUUCUUCUGUUUUCAAGUCCUUGAGCACCAUGCCAAAAAGAGGUAUAAUGCAAUGGCUGAAUCGGACCAACAGUUAUUUAAACAAAUGCUUAUGUCCUGGCUUCAUAAAUCAUUACAAAAUGUGGAGAAGGAAAAGUCAUUCAUAUCAAACAAAGGAGCCCAAGUUAUCACUUUGAUAUUCAUCAAUGAAUAUCCUGAAAAGUGGCCGUCGUUUUUCUCUGAUAUUCUUUCACUUCUUCAAUUUGGACAAAAUGGAAUGGAAAACUUUUUGACAAUCUUAAAGAAUAUCGAUGAAGAAGUCAUCAACAGGGAAGUGCAACAAUCACAACAGGAUGUUCAGAAAAGUACGCUGGUCAAGGAUGCGAUGCGUGUGCAGUGCGUGAACGAGUUGGUUGAAGCGUGGUACAAAAUAUUGAGUGAUGUUGAAAACGUUCAACCGCAAAUUAUAUGUUUGUGUCUGGAUGUGAUUGGACGAUAUGUUUCGUGGAUCGACAUUAAUUUGAUUGCUAAUGAUAAAUUUAUACGAAUAUUUUUGAACCACUUGUCGAUCGACCUGCUCCAGGAAAGCGCUUGCGAUUGCCUGGCUGAGAUCAUAAAUAAAGGAAUGUUGCCGCUGGACAAAAUACAGUUGAUUCAAUCGCUGCUUAAAGUGUUGGAAGAUACGAAAGUUUUACCACCAAGUGAGUCGGACGACAGCGAUUUUCAGGCUAAACUAGCAAAACUCAUCAACGCGGCUGGCACUCAGUUGAUUAUCUGCUGGUCAAAGCUUAAAAAGGCAGGCAGUGAAGACGAAGCGUUAAAGACGUUGAGUAUUAUCGAAAGCAAGCUCAACUAUAUGUUUGGCUUUCUUGCAAAUGAAGCCGAUGACAUAUCACAAAGUGUACACAGUUUUGCGAAAGAUUACAUUACGUUACUUAAACAAUCGCCAAAUUUGUCGACCGAACAAAAGGGCGUCAUAAAGGGCUUGCUUCUAACUGUUAUUCAAAAAAUGAAAUACGACGAAUCGUACGACUUUGAUCAAGAGGGUGACGACGAAGUGAUGUUCCUCGAGUUUAGAAAAACGUUGAAGAUAUUGUUUCAAAAUAUUGGUCAAUUGGAUCCGAAUUUGUUGUUGUCGACUGUCAUGGAGUAUGUGUUGCAUACAUUGAGGGACUGGAAGAAUUUAGAAUUUAUGGAUGUUGAAGUCGCAAUGAGAAUGGUUUAUUAUUUGGGCGAAGCUGUUCCGAACCAACAGUUGUACACCGAUCCUGUAAAAUGGGAGAUUAUGCAAAACAUACUUUCUUCGUUAAUAUCAAGCAACAUAAUUUCACAGACACAUUUCUCUGUUUCAAUUUUAUACUUCGAAUUGCUGGUGCGCUACGACCGAUUCUUCACUGCGCAACCUCAGUUUAUUCCUGAAGUCUUGAGCUCAUUCCUCGACGAGCGAUGUUUGAGUCAUCCCAACUGUAAAGUCCGUAGCCGUGGAUGUUAUCUUGUAGCGAGAUUUUUAAGAAGUCACAAAAAUCACGUGCACAACUUUGCGUCGGAUGUCUUCACUAGAUUUCAAGCUAUUCUUUUGUCUCCUAACAAUGGCUAUCAAAAUAUGUUUUCCGCUGAUGAUCAGAUGUUUUUGUACGAGACUGCUGGUUUACUUAUCGUUUUCAGUGGCUCUGGCCCAGAGAAACAAGAGCAAGACAUGAGAUGUAUUUUAACUCCAUUGGUGACAAGAUUUAAUGCAGUCCUCGAUAAGUUAAACAGAAGUAGUUUGAAUGAAGAACAGUUCUUACCUCACGCGCAAUGUUUAUUCCACAUGGCGUCAUUUGCAAGUCGUUUAAGCAAGGCGUUCUCAACCCAACAAACUAUGAAAUUAUGCGGCUGCUCAACGUGUUUCUCGGAGAUUUUGCCAGUUUUCCUACGUGCUUUGACCGUCCGCAUUCAUCGAGAUCUUAUUCACUCUGGCGUGCGGCAAUAUCUUCAUCGAAUGAUAAUAUGUCUUGGCGAAGAUGUUUUACCGUACAUUCCCGUCGCCGUUACACAUUUGCUUAAAGAUCCAGAGGCCAAAGAUAUCCAAGAGUUUAUUCCUUUGAUUAACCAAAUCAUAUCGAAAUUUAAGAAUCAUAUAACUCCAUUUCUUCAAGAAAUUUUCAUGCCGAUUGUACGUACCAUAUUUUCCGUUAUCAGUCGACCUACGGACUCUCUUGAUACACAGGCAACAAGAGAAAAAAUGUCGUUAAAGAGCAGCUACAUUCAUUUCAUCACCUGUCUUGUGAACAACAACGUCGUCGAAGUUAUACUCAACCAAGAACCGCAGAACACUCAGGAGGUUCUCAAUACUAUAAUUCAAGGCGCAGUUGAUGCUACGGACCCCGUCUGUCAGAAAUCUUGUUUCGGAAUAUUGAAGAAACUCAUUGAGAUUUGGGACGGCUCCAACGGUCCACUUGCGUUUCAAGACUUCAUCACCAAUAACAUUAUCCCAUCAUGCUUUGUGGCGCCAUCCAAACCCGAAUUUGAUCUGACGGACGCGCAAACCAUGCUUACACUACAGGAAAUUGCUAUCGUACAGAAAACCAUUCAUCAAAAACAGAGUCAACAGUUUGUUCAUUUUUUGCAAAGCAAGUACUUACCAUCGCUCAAUCUUACUUCUGAAAUGGCUCAGGAGUAUUGUCGACAUGUGGAGCAGGACGACGUUAAACAAUUUAAAAGUUUCUUAAAGGCGUUUUUUAACAGUUUUAAAUCGUGACAGUGGUUCAAGCCAGUUGUCCAAUGAUCGGUGUGAACUUCAAAAUGGAUGAGAGUGCUCGAUUUUGAACCUUUUUUAUUUGAGAGAUUUGUCUAACUAUUUAUAAAAUACAUGGUUCAGGCUGGUGAAUUUCACCCGGCUGUUUGCAAGCUACCAUUUGGUGUGUUUUUAAAGCGUUUUCUAUGCGUUUCGUAACAGUUUUUUAUACAUAUUUUGCAGUUUAAGCCCUAAGGUGUGUUGAUCUAUUUCCGAAACGCUUAAGAUUUUUCGGCCGAAUAUCAACUUGUUUUUAAACGUAAAAGAAAAUAAGAAAUAUCGCCUGAUGGUACCCUACAAACAGCUUUAUGUCUUACUACUAUUCCAAAUUAUGUAGCGAACAUGAAGUAUGGUACUACUGGGACUUCCCCUGUUAUUUUAAACCAAAUUACAUCACUCUACUGACUUUACCCUGCGAUAUCAUAUGCACGUAAAAUCAACGCGUUUAACUAUUUAAAUUCUUAAUGCUUGUGUGAACAGCUAAAAAGCUCUGAUGCGUUUAUGUAAAUGUUGUUUUUACGUCUUAAGAAUUUGAAAUGUGAGAGGAAUUCAAUAUUCAAUAUAUAAUACACAAUUUGUCUAGAAUGUACAUUUUAAAUAAAUACGUAGUCUUUUUUGGUA